CAACGGGCGCUUAAAGUGGACCAGAUGACAAUUGGCGGUUUGGAAGUUUCAUGAUCAGUAGUAACUUUCUGUUAAUGUAUUAUGUUGUCUUAUGACAAAUAAUCAAGUUUUAUCUGCGGUGUUGGGCGUUUAAUUAGUCGACAUUCAUCCAACUGGCAUUAGUUUGAACGCUUCUGUGACGCUUCCAUGACAGUUGGUCGGUUUUAGCCACAAAAUAGUUCGUCUGUUUUACGGUUUUUCUUUUCUGACGGCGUGUAGCCAUGACUCAAAGAAAAAGGCCGUUGGGCUCACAAAGCUCUUCUCAGAACCAAAGGAAGUCCAGCUCUUUUAUGGCCCAAGAGGACGAUGAAGAUGCUAUGUUCACUCAGCCAAGCACAACACAGGUCCAGAGAGGGCUGGAGAAACUCACACCUGCACAGGUGGACCAAAAGACUGCGGAGGUAGUGCAGUACAUCCUGGUUAAAGACCAAAAGAAGAUCCCUGUUCGCAGAGCAGACCUUGUAAGACAUGUGGUGAAAGAGUACAGAAACAUCUAUCCUGAGAUCAUAAAGAGGGCGGCGCAAACGUUUCACCAGGUGUUUGGCUUGAAGCUGGUUGAAAUCGACCCCAAAAGUCACAUGUACAUACUGAUCAAUAAUUUGGACGCAGCCAACAGAGCUUCGCCAAUAAAAUGCUCCACCAAUCCAAAGAUGGGUCUGCUGUUUGUUAUCCUGAGUGUUAUCUUUAUGAAGGGAGGUGUCGUCAGAGAGAACUUGAUUUGGAAUACUCUGAAGAAACUCCGUGUGGACCCUGGAGAGAAACAUGAGGAGUUUGGUGACGUGAAGAAAGUCGUCACAGACGAGUUUGUGCGACAACGGUACCUGGAGUACCUGCGGAUCCCUCACACAGAACCAGUCGAGUAUGAAUUACGCUGGGGCCACCGUGCCGACGCAGAAGUGUCAAAACGCCAAAUUCUGGAGUUCAUGGGUCAACUUCAUGACAAGGAACCUCAGAGCUGGACUCAGCAGUUCAGAGAAGCUCAGUCCUCCUCAGCUAGGCCCAGCACCAGCAGCCAGAGAUAACGCAGGCAGACCCUUUCUUUGUGUCAUUGUUCCAUUUUCUUUUCAGAUUUGUAAAAACAUCACUGCAAACGAUUUUUAUUCAACUUUUUUUAUUUUGGACAUUAUGUCACGUGUUUGUUCAGGUCCAUAAAUAAAUAAGUUUUAAUGAAACAUGAGUGGACGGACGUCAUUGAUGGAGAAGAACAUAGUUGGGGCAGCUGCAAGCGCAGGUGUCAACUGGAAGGCCGCUGGGUCGAUCCCAGUUUCCCAGACCACAUGUUGAAGUGUCCUUGGUCAGAACCUGAGUAAAGUAGCCCCCCCACACAUUCUUCAAGUCUAACAACAUUGGUGUGAAAUGUUUGUGCCGCUGUCAUUUUAAAUAUAUUAGGGUGAGGUCAAUAAAGUUCAACAUUUUCUAAGUCAAGCAAAAUGGUGUCAAUCAUGGACGUUAAGUUUGUCCUGGCUAAAACUUUAGUUUUAUUUACCUGCUUUUAAACAGAUCUGUCUUUUUGCUUAAAGGUGUGGGCUUCCUCCAGGACUGAGAAACAAUCUGGAUUUUGAUGUAGGGUGUUACUUUAGUAGGAACGUUUAGAACUAAACCAACCAUGAAUAAAGUCUGUUUGGAGUAGGAACCAAACCUUUAUUACUAAGUGUUAUUUCUAUUAUAUAUUAUGUGUUAUGUUGAUUCUUGUUGAAACUAAUAAAGGAAGAUGCUGAACCCCA